AUGGGCAUGGAUCCUAUGAACCAAGCUAUAGCGAAGAAUGCGCCUGACGGAUCUUUUAUGGACAAAUCAUUCGCAAGAGUCACGCAAAUACUUGACAAGAUGGCAAAUCAUAAUCAAGCUUCGCAUUCUGAGGAUACCUCAGGCGGAAUUGCAUAUGGUUCUCCUUCCUUGACCAACUUGAUCAAGGAGCAUCAAGAGAGGGACCAAAUAAUUGCAGGGCUGGCCACAAAUGUAAAUGUGUUGACGAAAAUGCUCACGGAAAGUCAAACAAAAAAGGUGAAUGUAGUGGAGGAUGUACAACCCAUCUCCAGCGAAGAGUUUGAAGAAGCAAACACAUCAACAACCCUCAAGGAGGGUAUCAAAGACAACAUUACCAGGGUCAGGGGAAGCAAAGUCAAUGGAGGCCUAACCCGCAAGGGCAAGGCAACCAACAAUGACGACAUGACCAAGGGUCAAUAUUCAAGUCAAUGUUCUUCUAGUGAAUCUAUGUUGGAAGCUAUGCUUGAGCGAGUGUUGCAAAAUCAAGAAAAAUCCGAUACUUCAAUGAGGAACAUGACCGAGGUUGUUGGGUCUCAUACUGCCUCCAUCCAAAAAUUGGAGAUGCAAAUGAGAGACCUCUCCAAAGAGCAAAAUCCAAAACAAAAGGGAACACUCCCUAGUGACACGAUUGCAAAUCCAAGGGGUAGUGGGAGUGGCCCAACUUCUCACAUCAUGGCGAUCACUACUAUGAGUGGGAAGGUGCUACACGGAGAGGGUGAACUAACAGAUGAAGUAGAAGAGUCAAAACAAGGGGUUGAGGUUGAAGAGCCAAGUGUUGUCGAGGUUGAAAAGAUUCCGGAGGAGUUGUCCUUACAAAAAACUCUUCCAUCUACUCCUAGACCUCCUCCCCAAUUUCCUCAGAGGCUCGCGAGAAAGAUUGAUGAUAGAAAACUUGAAAUUUUUUACGACAUUCUCAAGCAAUUAACAGUGAAUAUUCCAUUUGUGGAAGCUUUUCAAGAGAUGCCGGGGUUUGCUAAAUAUUUAAAGGAUUUGAUCACAAAGAAGAAGACUACAAAGAAUGAAGUAGUAAAUGUAACUCACCGGAUUAGUUCCAUCAUUGCAACAUCUAUAGUUCAAAAGAAAGAAGAUCCGGGAGCUUUUUCCAUCCCUUGUAGUAUUGGGGCCCGUGACUUUGCAAGAGCCCUUUGUGAUAAUGGGGCUAGCAUCAACCUAAUGCCUCUUGCCAUCUAUAAGCAAGUAGGGUUAGGUAUGCCAAGACCCACUAGUAUGAGAUUGCAAAUGGCCGAUCGUUCAAUCAAACGCCCGGUAGGAGUUGUUGACGAUGUUCUUGUGAAAGUGGGAAAGUUUCAUUUGCCCGCCGAUUUUGUAAUUCUUGAUUGUGCGGUUGACAAAGAAAUCCCUAUCAUUUUGGGGAGACCAUUCCUUGCUACGGGGAGAGCACUCAUGGAUUCGGAAAGAAAUGAGAUCAAAUUCCGAGUAAAUGAUGAGGAAGUUACGUUCCAAGCAAGCAAGGGCAUGAAGCUACCCCAUGAGUAUGAGAACAUCUCGGUGCUAGAUGAUGUUGAUGAAAUCGAGGAUGCGGUGGAAGUAAAAAUGGAAGAAAAAUGCCUCGGUGAGGCAUUGGUGGCUAUUUUGGUGAACUUUGAUGGAGAAGAUAUGGAAGGAAAUAUGGAAUCGGUGAAUGCAUUGGAGGGGCUCGGAACUUACACUUAUGCUCCGGCCAAGUUUUCUCUCGACUUGGGGAAUAGAGCCACUCGGCCCGCAAAGCCUUCUAUUGACGAGCCACCACAACUAGAGCUCAAACCGCUCCCACCACACUUGAGGUAUAAAUUUCUUGGCUCCAAUGAUACUUUACCCGUAAUUGUUUCUUCUUUGUUAAAUGAUGUGCAGGUGGAACAAUUGUUGGAAGUCUUGAAGGAGCAUAGGCAAAGCCAUUGGAUGGACAAUUGCGGACAUCCGAGGGAUUCCCGCGGGAAUUUGUGA